GCCAUAUUGAUUUUUUUUUGUUAUUGUCGCUGGGUACACGCUGCUGUCAAGAGUUAUUCACAAGCAAAGUGUAGUAGUAUGAAUUCCUAACAGGUACUGCUUGUUUUGUUUAAUUCGUGCCAUGACGCGCGUGUUUGUAACAGUCGGAACAACAAAAUUUGAUGAACUGAUCGAGAAUGUGAUUUCCGAGGAAAACGUUAAGGUUUUAAUCGAUCGUGGUUACACAGAAUUAACCCUUCAAGUUGGUCAUGGUUCGCACCUCCCUAGUCCUGGAAGUUGUUCAGGACUGAAGAUGGAUGCUUUCCGUUUUAAAGAUUCUAUAUCGGACGACAUGAAACAAGCUGAUCUAGUUAUCAGUCACGCAGGGGCUGGAAGUUGUCUGGAAGCUCUCGGGGCUCAAAAGGCGCUCCUUGUCGUGGUUAACGACAAGCUGAUGGACAAUCACCAACUCGAGCUUGCCAGGCAGUUGCAUUCCAAUUCGCACCUUCUUUACUGCACCUGCAGCACUCUGACUGAAACAUUGAAGACCAUGGAUUUCUCCACACUCAUGCCUUUUUUACCUGGUCAGCCACAAAACUUCGCCAAAUUCCUGGACAAGGCACUUGGAAUUGCGUGAUCGAGGUGCAGACCUUAAUCAGCAAACUGAAUCAUUUUCAUUCCUGUGGGAUGGGAUGACUUGGCUUGAGACAGCUGAGUUACAGCCAACUAGUGACAAUAUGACAUGGACUGCUAUGGAAUGUCUAUGGUUAUAACUGGUUGGGAAAAACAUUGGUGGCCAUAUUUUGCUAAGAAUUACGGCAGUGAGGCUCUCUGUAACUCAUGCCAGGUUCAACUUUCUGCCACUGUCACAGAAUGAGCUGCAGCAAAAAAACGUGGUUAAAGAUUCACUUUUGGACUUGGGUGUUUAACUGAUUGUUCAUUUGUUCAUCCAUAUAAAGUUUGUCAAUCUUCGAUUCUAUCCUUGUUUCCGUUCCUGAGAAAGCCAUGAAGGGAUGCAAGGAGGAUGAGGGAAUCAUGGAUAAAAGUACAUGAGAAAGGAGACAUGCUUGCUCAUACGUAUAUAGCUUUUAGACAAUUACGGACUUAAAAAAUGGCAUAUUUAAAAGAGAGCCGUUCCAAUAAUUUUAAACAAACACAGGUAAUAAAUUAAAUUGGGUCCUUUACGUUUGUUGUUGAAAUGGUAGAUGUUAUUGGACUAGCAUACCCAUAAAAGCUGUUAGAAUUCACCAAGUGAUGGAUAAUUCCCCUUUAACCAACCCUAGUCACUUAACAUACUGUGAUAUUUUGCAGUUCACAUUACAAUGAAGAGGUCAUUAUUUCACUGUGCAAUGUUGCUUGAAAAUUAAAUUUGUAUUGAUUUGAAUUAUCAUUUAUUUUCAUCCAUUAAGUAUACAUUUUCACACCACAACUUAUUUUAAACUGUAGCUUAGUAAAUGUGAGGGAAGAGGAGGGCAAUAUAUAUAUAUAUAUAUAUAUAUAGCAAGGCAUACAUCAGACAGUCUAAUUAAAAAUACUUCCAUGUAGGAUUCUUCCAUGUAAGCUGCUCUGUUUCCUUGCUCAUAGGUCUUAUGUCCUCACUACCGUCUCCUCGAGUGCCUUUGAAGAAUUGAGACAUCCUUAAAGAUGUCUGACUUUGAGCGAUUUCCCCCGCAUGGAGCUGGAGGAAUGAGGCAUGAAGACGAUGAAGGCAUGAAAAGAUUAACGAGAAAACCAUCACUAAAUCUUAGAACCACAGGAGUGCAUCAAACUAGCAUACACACCAAUGACCUUGACAUGGCAGACAAAUCUCUCUUGAGUACAGGACUAUUUAAGGUCUAUUUAUAAAGUUUUUUUGGCUAUACAUACUUUAUGGCUCAUGCCCACACUCACAAACAUUUUGUAUUUGUAUCAGGCGUCAAGCUUUCCAUUUGCAGGGUAGCAACCUAGAGCUGUCCAGCUCCUUCCUGUGCGCUUCUUCGUUAGAAGGGGUUAUUAUAGUUAGGGAAGACUAAGACUGCUUGAUGUUUGCGUACACCAUUAAGUGUUUGGCAGAACAUCGCCUCCAACUAUCAGAGACCCCAUUGGUGUGGCUCGAGAAGCCCCCUAUAGCCUCAACUUAACUCUGUCAGGUUUCGAGUGAGUGCAACACUUUGGUUUGGGUUAAAAUCAUGUCUUUGGAAUAGGAUGGAGGAGAAAUGGGAGGCAAACGUUAACUAACUUUGGAAACUUUUCAUGAUAAAUGGUAUAUAUCUUGACAUGUGUCCGGACAGACAUCCCUUGUUGCAAUGUUAAAAGGCAUGGAAGAGAAAAUAUAGUGUCCUGUCAUUUCCUUGGGCUAGACUGCGUGUCACUUUUCAUCUUCCAUCUACCUCCAAAAUGAAAUGACAAAUGUGUCCUAUCCUCUCUGUGUAUCGGUUUGACGUCAUGGCAAGUGAAUUCCGCACUCUGCAAGUGAUACAUAAUGCUACAGGAAGUUGAGUUAAGAGGAAGCUGUCGAGAGUUUCAAGAAGUCAGAGAGACAGAGAGAUACAUUCGUUCAACACGCUAUGGAUGUUUAUAGUAGAAUAAAAAAAAAAUGAUUCCCAGCAAAUCA